AUGGAUGAGGAAGAACUAGAGCUCAAGAAGCAACUGAAAUUAAAGAAGAAGGAAGAAUUGGCUAAGAGGAAGAGACAAAGAGAAAUUGAAGGCUCCAGGCCUCUGGCAAAACCUCAAAAUACAGCAAUCUACAUUUCUAAUCUUCCGGUGGAAGGUGUAACGGUCGAUGACCUCAUCACUGAAUUCAGCAAAUAUGGUAUGAUUAAAAAAGAUUCUAAGGAUGAUCAAUACAAAUGCAAAAUAUACUCAGAUUCAAGUGGGAAGCCCAAAGGCGAUGCUUUACUUGUUUACGUUAGGCCGGAAAGUCCAGCAAUGGCUAUCGAGAUGAUGAAUGGCUACACCUUCCGUGGUCAAAAUAUCAAGGUGGAGUUAGCCCAAUUUGAUCAAGAAUUGAAUAAUUACAAAGAGGAACCUAAAGAAUACAAGAGAAGAAAAACCGAUACCUCUGCUAAGCUGGAGAACAAUUUACUCAACUGGAGCGAAGACUCGGACGAAAAAUCCCCGAAUGCCGAAAAUGAUCACACCGUCAUUCUUGCGAAUAUUCUUGAUAUGUACGCGGAGUUUCAACCUCAGGAGAUAGCAGAUAUUGCAAGGGAUAUUAGAGAAGGAUGUGAAGUCUUUGGAGAAAUACUCUUUUUUAAGUUCGACGAACUACUUGCAGAGGCCCAUAUCCAAUUCGCGACUCUAGAAGCAGCUCAGAAGUGUCGUGAGAAGAUGAACAAUAGAUACUUUGAUGGUAGAAAGAUAAGAGCAUACCUUGCCAACGAAGACAUAAGCGAAACAUUAAGUAGUUCUGAAGACUUUACAGACUUUUAA